GACUGCGGCUCAUGAAAGCCGCGCGGCUUUUAACAGGGCACUAAAGGCCGCCACCCAGCCUGGGGAGUCACACGGCGCACCGCCUAGCCCGCGCCCUCCGCCCCGCGCAUGGCCCCGGUGUCGCUCAGCAUGAACCCCGCUGGGCUCAGGGCGCGUGGCGGGGGCGGCGCGGGGCCCGGCCUGCUGCCCUUCAGCGUCGAGUCGCUGCUGGAGGCGGAGCCUGGGCUAGGCCCCGAGCCCACGGAGUCCGCCGAGCCCGAUGAGGAGAGGCCUCGGGGUGCCGCGGAGGCCGGCGCCUGGUUCCCGCCGGCCUCCCGCGCGUCCCCUCUGCGCACCCGCAGCCCUCCACCCCACGCCCUCCGGAAACACAAGAGCAACCGCAAGCCGCGGACUCCCUUCACCACUGCGCAGCUGCUGGCACUGGAGCGCAAAUUCCGCCAGAAGCAGUACCUGUCCAUCGCCGAACGAGCCGAGUUCUCCAGCAGCCUGCGCCUCACCGAGACGCAGGUCAAGAUCUGGUUUCAGAACCGCCGGGCCAAGGCCAAGCGGCUUCAGGAGGCCGAGUUGGAGAAGCUGAAGCUGGCGGCCAAGCCGCUGUUGCCCUCGCUCGCCCUGCCCUUCGCCCUGGGCGCUCACCUGCAGGGCUCCCCGGGCCCAUACGGCGGCGCGGCGGGCGCCCUGCCGACGGUGCCCGAGCUCUUCGCUGCGCCCAUCGCCGCCUACGGCAUGUAUUACCUGUCCUAGGGCGCCUGAACAAGCGCUCCGCUCGGCAGCUGGGUCGUAGGCCUCAGGGGUCCAACCCGGUUACAGCGCAGGAUUGGGGGGUGUUGGCCCCCAGACCCCAGGACAGAUGCGUGGGGCGUCGCAGUCAGACAGCCUGCACAACGGCCCUGUGGGCAAGCUGAGCCUUGCAGGCCGAACAUCAAGGCGUUUCGUUAUUUUUCUUUUAACACUAUGUUAUAGUUGAGUCCCGAAGCCUAUUUGUGAGAGUGUCUUACAAUUGUUAUUUUUAAUUUUUUUUAUAAGUCAUGUUGGUAUCAAACUGUGUACUGAAAGGCAGUGUACACAGUUCUGUACAGCGUCCUCGGUCGGACCAGAUAGAGCUUCCUAUUUUGUACAAAGCAGCGAAUAAAGUAUUUUAAGGUUUACUCCGCUGACCUGCUUCUGACUUUGACCUUAAACGCGAUGAGGAAGAAUUUACUAGGUUGUACCGGUAGAAAAAAUAAAAUUAAAUUUUUUUUAUUUUUCUACCGGGCUGCAGCAAAUAACUAAUUUCCGAACAAAGAGCUUAAAAUAACAGUUCCAUCCCAAGACUGCUGAAAAGAAAUUUACUAAUUAUUCACUUUAACUAGGUUUGUUACGGUCGUGUGCGAACGGAAACGUUUACGUUUAUUUUAGGGAGUUUUUUUUUGCAAUUUCCUUUUUUCAAUAGAGAACGUGUAGGAAGCCCAUGGCGAAAAUGCUGCCUCCACGCGCGUGGGGAGUCGAACGUGCAGCGGGUCCCGGAACAUCGCAGUGCAGGACUGGUGGGGCGCGCCGCGCGGCCUCGCGGGAACAGAGCCUCGCGCCUUGGGGGUCGCCAGG